UCUUGAAACAGUAGAGAUGAAUAACGUUGACCGUGGAUUAGUUACCAUGUUAACUCUGAGCAUCAUCAUAGCUGGAUUUGUACUGGAAAACAAGUUAUUACUGAUGCACCAUGACCACUUAUCUAUGCACAGCUCUACGCCAGAGCCAUCGAGUUCCACAUACAAAGAUUCAGCGCGGUUGCAACGGGUUGAAAAGGCAAUCAAUGUUAUUCUUACUCAACGGAACUGUCCGUCGUAUGUAAACUUGACAAAUGUAGCGGAUGCUUUGGUCGGAAAAUUAUCUGGUUUGUUUGAUACAACAUCGGUGAGAACUAUUUGUGAUGUACCUAAUGAUAAAAUUCCUAUUUUUAAUGAGGAACUGGAUGACUCCAAGAAUCAAGAUGACGACAGUUCGGAGACACUCAAUGAUUGGACAGUGAUACCGUGGUUAUGUUGGAUAGCAGUGUGGAUUUAUCGUCUCGCCUUGGCAUUUGUAUUAGGGCUUUGUGUAUUUUGCGGAUUACCAGAAACCUUCGAACAAAAAGAUGGUAAAGGCUUUUGUCAAAUAACGGUAUUCAUAGUUGUAUCAAGUGUUGGGUAUUUUCCAAACGUGCUGAUGGACGUGUGUGGUUCAUACUGCACGGCUUGGUACUUUCCACUGUGUAUAGGCUUAUCCCGUCUGUUAUGGAUUAUGUCUGUCUGCUUUGUUAAUACUGGUUUUGACAAGAUUGGAAUUAAGAUUGUCGCGUAUGUGGUUGUAUCUAUUGUGAGUAUAAUUGUGAUGUACAAUGGUUUUCAUCCAAUGAUGAUAAUGACUUGACGAAUCUCGCUCAUACAUCCCGUGCAUUGAUACAUUUGAUCUCUCAUUGAUACAAACAUUUUAUUUUGGUGUUAUGCAUUUGUUUCCUUUAGUUAUCGUGAGUUAAAUGAGUAUCUUGUUUUAAAACUAAUAUUUUAACAUUAUUGAUUACACGGAGUCACAUUUUUCACACCAACCUCAAUUUGAUUCGCUUUAACAUCCCUUACGUUCAGUUCUCAUACGCCUAGGAUAGCCUAGGUACGAAAACAUCUCCUUUCAGAAGUCUUUGACAUUUGAAAUGUCAGUUUUCAAACAUACUUUUACGAUAGAGAAAAUGGGGAUACAAUAAUUAAUGGAGGCCACUUGCGGACUUUUGCGAAUCUCGAGUUUUACUUUCCACCAUAAUGUACUAACAAUUAUGUCUAAUCUACCAAGUAAAAUGUAAUACAAAUCUUUUUCG